GCCCGGCGUCGACGUCGACGCUCGCAGUCACAUACGAAAAUUGAAGGAAACUUUAGCCGAAGGAAACUUCAAAGGAGAAAAAAAGAAGAAAAAAACCUUUAUUGUCUAGACAGGAGAAUACAUUAAGUAAAGAAAGCAAAAAUGUCGAUUCUUCCACUGUUGAACUUGGCUGCUCGCGAAUUGGAGCAUGAGUACCGAAACGACUGGGAGCACUUGCUGGAGGAUGACUUCGGGUUCGGCGUCCACGCCCACGAUCUCUUCCACCGCCCGCGUCUUCAGCAUCAACUGCACGGCUCCCUGGGCCGCCGCCGCUUCUUGCCGUACGAGAAGAUCCUCCAUGGCCAUGGACACCACGGCCUGGGCCACCAUCACCAGUUGGUGCCACGUCGCCAGCUGUCCCAAAGCGGAGGUCCGAACACUUUGCUGCCCGCGGUGGGCAAAGAUGGCUUCCAAGUUUGCAUGGAUGUGUCGCAGUUCAAACCCAACGAGCUGUCCGUCAAGGUGGUCGACAAGACUGUGGUGGUCGAGGGCAGGCACGAGGAGCGCGAGGACGGACACGGCCUGAUCCAGCGUCACUUUGUGCGCAAAUAUACGCUGCCAAAGGACUUUGACCCCAACGAUGUAGUGUCCACCGUCUCGUCCGAUGGAGUGCUCACUCUCAAGGCCCCACCGCCGCCUAGCAAGGAGCAGUCCCAGCCCGAGCGCAUUGUCCAGAUCCAGCAGACUGGUCCGGCCCACCUCAGUGUCAAGGCUCCGGAGGCUGCUGCCCCAGCUGAUGGAAAAGCUGUAGAUGGAAAAACCGAAAAUGGCGCCGGCGAGAAGAUGGAAACUGGCAAAUAAAAGAAAAAAGAAGAUGGAGACCUAUCUCGAAAUUUCGCUGGCGAAGAGGAGGAGAAGGAAGAAGAGAGACUCGGAGGAGUGUUGCCGCGCUGCUCGGAGAGUGCAAGACUAAAAACGUAAUAAUAUUAUCCACUCUACACACACACACACACACACGUCAAUUCACAUUAGUCUUAAGCAAUUUUUAAACACCAAUUAUCAUAAACAAAAAAAAAAACACUUAGUCUGUAUAAUUAGGCUAACGGGAAAAUUCAAUUUUCCAUAUUUCGUAAUUAUCAAUUUUCUGUUUGUUUGUAACAAGAACAGCCGCAACACUCGGGAGAAUUUUGCAUUUCAUUUUUGUAUCCAAAUAAAAUAAAAAGCGAUCAAGUAAA